GGUCACGUGGCCCGCUCGAUGCGCUCGGCGCUCGCCGGAGCUGUCGACGCUCGGUGUUCGGCUCCCCCCGGCGGCCAGUGUGUGAGCGGAGGGACCCCCGGUUCGUCCGUCUGUCCGUCCCCUCCACCGCCGGCGACAUGUCCACCGCCAUGAAUUUCGGCAGCAAAAGCUUCAAACCGCGGCCGCCGGACAAGGGUGCCUUCCCGCUGGAUCACUUCGGGGAGUGCAGCGCCUUCAAGGAGCGGUUCAUGGAGUGCCUCCGCCACAGCGGCUACGAGAGCGGGGCCUGCCGGCAGCGCGCCAUGGCCUACCUGGAGUGCCGCAUGGAGAGGCAACUUAUGGCAAAUGAACCACUGGAAAAAUUGGGAUUUAAAGAUCUGAUAGAUGAGAAAUCAGAAGCAAAACCUGAAAAGUUGUAAUGAAGACAGACAACUUCACUCCUCAUGUAUGGAAAGCAUAACUCUUAUGUAGUACAUAUUGUACGUUCUGUUGCAAUAGGAAGUGUUUCCUGAAGGAACCUUUUUUCAAAGUUUAAUUUUCCUAAAAUAAGAUUUUUUUUUUUUUUAAAUGAGCAAAAGUACUGUCUUUGUCUGCUUUCUUCAAGUAUUUCUUAACUUUUUUCUUUUGGUUUCUCUAGCCUAUUCUUAAAGAUCCAUAAGAAAAUUUUGCCUCGGAGUAAGCAAUUAUUGCCUGAAGUGUUCUCCAUGUCUCUGUAAGAACAGCGAAGUCUUAUUUUAAAAAGACAAAACCCCCAAACCCUUUAUUGUGUAGAUCUUGAGCUAUAGAUUAAUCUUAUGGGGGCAUUACUAAUAUGCUUACAGCAAUUACUUGUCAGGUGGCAAUAAAGCUAUUGUGGUACUUGCAAA